AUGGCUCCGGUGAGCUGCUCGGUUACGCCUCAAUUGGAAUCUGGAUUCCAGAUAUCUGAGACAUCCAGCAGCCCUUCGCAUGGCCUGGAGUUUCCUCAAAUGCUUAGAGUCGAACUAUCCGCCAAACAGAGCCUCGUCGAUAAUACUUCCGACACCGGGUACAGAUCUCCAACCACGUCCCCACACGCGUAUGGAUCAUCCACUCCGGGAAAAGUGACAUGUGAGCCAGAUAGACAGCGAAUCAUUUGGAGAGCGUCAACAAAUUCCCAAGACUCCGAUGUCGAUUCUUCAAAAUACCUGAACAUUGCUUCACUGGGCCACGGAACCGUAGAGACCUUCCAGCAAAGAGGGUGGAGGAACAAGCCCCAAGCCAUGGAGAUGGGUAAAAGUCACAGAUUAUGCUCCUAUGAAAGAGGUGCAUGGCUGCCGCCGAGGCACAUGAGUGACCCUCCUCCGCAGCUCGAACGCAUUAGCGCCCCAUGCCAGAUCAAAUGGAUCUCCCGCGAGCAAACCCCCUUCGAACAAGUCCGCAGUAUCAAGAACCCCUGGAACGAGGACAUGAGCGUCGGCCGAGCCAAAUACGUCACGCUGGUGCACCGAGAAGCUGGAGCAGCAGUCCUGAAGAUUUGGAGGAGGAAAAUCAUGCAGAGUCAGAACAAUAUUCCGAGAGAAGCAAGUACAGAGGCGUGGGAUCUGCGUUGA